CCCGCUCAGCCCAGUUCAGCCGGCUGUGUGAGGGCAGGACAUCCCCCUUCCCCACACGGGGUUCCGACGCCUGAGGAAUGGGCUAGGUCGCCCUUCCCUCAGGGGAUGGAGACCCUCUCCUGGGCUGCCCCUUUCUGGGGUUGUUCGGGCUGCCCGCAGGUCCCACAGGUGAGGGGCAGCGGCGUGGGGCUGCGGCGUGCCCGGGCCGCUCUCGGGGCGGAGGGAUGGAAUCCACGGGGUGCACGGGGCCUGUGCCACCCACCUGGAGCAUCCGAAGGACUGGAGGGAGGUGUGGGCUGGAAGGGUCUCUUAGCCCACGAGGAUCGGUGAGUGUGGGGGGACGGGAAAAUUCCCUGUGGGGAGAUUGGGGAGAGGAUGGGGAUUGCCUCUAUCCCAUGGGCUCCAUUCCUUAUCCCAUCCAGUUAUUCCUGCCUCUGUUGCUUUCUGUGUGGACAUGCUCAGUUGAUGGAGGCAUAAAGCCAUGUGUGCCCAGUAAUUGUUGUGCUCAUCAUGAUGUGUCUGUGUAAUCGUGUGCAGCCCAAAAGAAAAGGCAGGUGUUUUUGCUGCAGCUUGUUCUGUGCUUGUGUUCAACCUUGGAAGGCUGCCCCACCUCAAACCAGAGGGUUAUUGUCCCAUGUACCCCUGUGGAGUUACGCCUUUGCACAUCUAAUAAAGUUUUGUGAGCUUGCUUUCAUCCAACACCUGUUUGAAGGUUGAUAUGCCCAUAUUACUCUUGAAAUGCAACUUCCCUGCCCACACACACACCAUAGCCCACUCGUAGCUGCUGAAGUACGUCCACAAGAAAGUUCUUGACCUAUAAUAACAUGAAGAGCAAUGUUCACUGUUGCUUGUAAAUACAUCAGUAUAUUGUGGUGUGUAGUGCACCCUCAGCAAUAGUUGGGAGCCAACAACUCAUCUUUUCAGAUCUCUUAAUCAGCUCCUCAUUUCCCUAAUCUAUGGAACAAAGAAGACACUCAACUGGAUAAAAAUACACCUUCUGAACACGCUGUGAAUGUUUUUAGUAACACAGAAAGUUGCCUCCACUCUGUUCCCAUCCAGGCACACAAGCAGGGUGCUCUCAGCUGCUGUUCUCAGACCUAAAAGCAUUUCAGGUCUGUGCUCACACUGGUUGAGCUGAGCUGGAUCUUGAACACCAUCAUGAAUAUUUGAUGGGUGAUGGCCAUUAGUUGACAGCUGGGAAUUGCAGAGAGUGAAUGAGCAGCAGAGCAGAGAAACACUAGCUAAGAAAUGGGGUGGGGGUUUUUUAGGUAUUAUUUAAGAGGGAUAGAGGUCUUGCUUUGGGGGCCCCUCUGGUUUUAGUGCAGUGAAACAUUCAGACAUGCUGGGGGCUGAAGCUGUUGGUCUGUGCAGUUCUCUGCACAGUUCUGAUGACAGGCAGGUUUUCAUUCGUGGCAGCUGAGCACAGCUCAGCCUUGGCACCAGUAGAUUUGUUGUUAGGAAGUUCCUGACUUGACUUUGGCUCUUCACAAGAGUGAAUCGGGUUCCUCUGACAGGGUUAGACUGAGCCAGACUGUUUGGUUGUAAAGGAGGCGUGAAGGAGUUUCAUUACAGACCUAGCCAGCUGUUCCUGUAAAUACAAAACUCUUUGUUAUUGUUUUGGAGUACUUAAUAGUUGAUACAUCAUCAACUAUUAGGUGUGACUAUUUGUGACUAUUAGAUAAUUCUGUUUCUCAACAGGGAGAUGUUUACCAGGAAAGAAGUUACUGAUUUAGCUGUAACUUCUGUUUACUUUGGUUUAAAUUAUGCCACUUAUAUUUCAUAUUUCCAGUCUCCUACGUAAUGCUGAAAUGGAUGAUGAAGGAUUGGAUUAUUUAUGCAGCAGACGUGAAGUGCAGCAGGAUUUUAAGUUGAAUGCUGCCUCCAUUUAUCCAGGAGAAAUAUUGCUUUCAAAGAAUGACAACAGCUGCUUCAGGAAGUGGAAUUGCUGUGCAAGAGGUCAUUAUUUACAGCUGCCAGCUUUAUUGAAUUCUUCCUUACAUUUCAUCCUUAUUUUCUUUUAGAAGCGGCAAAACAACUUCGGGUUGAUGUUUUGUGUGCCAUCAACUGAAAUUGGGGCCAUCAUGAAUAUCACCAAGGGUGGGCUGGUGCUGUUCUCAGCUAAUUCCAAUUCCUCAUGCAUGGAACUGUCCAAGAGGAUUGCUGAGCGCUUGGGAGUUGAGAUGGGGAAGGUUCAGGUUUAUCAAGAGCCAAACAGAGAAACACGAGUGCAGAUUCAGGAGUCUGUGAGAGGAAAGGAUGUAUUUAUCAUUCAAACAGUUUCAAAGGAUGUGAAUACCACGAUCAUGGAGCUCCUGAUCAUGGUGUAUGCAUGUAAAACCUCCUGUGCCAAAAGCAUUAUUGGAGUGGUUCCUUACUUCCCCUACAGCAAACAGUGCAAGAUGAGGAAAAGGGGCUCCAUUGUCUCCAAAUUGCUGGCCUCGAUGAUGUGCAAAGCUGGACUAACUCAUCUUAUUACCAUGGAUCUACAUCAGAAGGAAAUUCAGGGUUUCUUCAAUAUUCCAGUUGAUAACUUGAGAGCAUCUCCAUUUUUACUCCAGUACAUCCAAGAAGAGAUACCAGACUACAGGAAUGCUGUAAUUGUGGCCAAAUCUCCUGCGUCUGCAAAGAGGGCCCAGUCGUUUGCCGAGCGCCUGCGGUUGGGGAUCGCCGUGAUCCACGGGGAAGCUCAGGAUGCUGAGUCUGACAUGGUGGACGGUCGGCACUCCCCUCCCACAGCCAAAUACGUGGCUGCUAUCCACCCCAGCCUGGAGAUCCCCAUGCUGAUUCCCAAGGAAAAACCACCCAUCACAGUUGUUGGAGAUGUAGGAGGAAGAAUAGCUAUCAUUGUGGAUGACAUCAUAGAUGACGUUGACACCUUUCUGGCUGCAGCUGAGACCCUCAAGGAGAGAGGGGCCUACAAGAUCUUUGUCAUGGCCACCCAUGGCCUGCUGUCCUCAGAUGCUCCCCGGCUGAUCGAGGAGUCUGCCAUUGAUGAAGUGGUUGUUACAAACACUAUUCCACAUGAAAUACAAAAACUUCAGUGCCCUAAAAUCAAGACUGUGGAUAUCAGUAUGAUCCUGUCAGAAGCCAUUCGCAGGAUCCACAAUGGGGAGUCCAUGUCCUACCUUUUCAGGAAUAUAGGAGUGGAUGAUUAAAGCUUCUUCCUCUAAAGAAACACCCCGGGCCAAACUGGAAGCGAACAGAGAAUGAGCUGUGAAGCAUUGUGCUUACCUUAAUAUUUCCAUUGAGCCACUUCUUGUUUUCUCUUGGUUUAAGUAUCAAGGUAGAACAGUUUUUAAGACAAUUUUUUUUUUCAUUGGCAGGGUUUUUUGGAGUUGGGAGGGGGGGGUUGAUGAGAAUAAACGUUUUACAAAAAAACUGUUCUAGUUGCUUUUAGGUUAGUUGCACUAUACACGAUGGAAAAAUCCCACAAAACACUUGAGGCAAGAAUUUGGCUUCUAAAUUAAGCAUUCCUUUUCCAAAGCUGCUUGCUACAAGUGCUUUAAAUGAUAAUAAAAUGAAGUGACUGUAUAAUAUUUGCAUUUUAAAAGCCAAAAAGGUUGUACUGUUGUACGCAGUCCAGUGAUUUUGUAGGAGUGCUUUUAUAGAAAAGCAUAUGGAAUAUGCACCUGUAUUUAUUUUCUGCGACAAAGAAUAAAGACUUGUUUUGUGUGAGCUUUC